GGUUCAAUGCUAUCGAAUCCCGUGAGUUGUAGUUUUGCAAGGUCACGGGCCUUCUCUAAAGGUGGGUCUGCCCUUUGGCACCUCUCUCGCUGCCGUGGCCCUAUUGAUCCACCUCUUAAAUACGUUCCAGGCUUCUCCUGCUUAAGAAUGCUUUUCUGAAAUCCCAUUUUUAAAAACCGGAAGCGGAUUAAUGCCUCUGGUGAGCGAGCUCUUAGUGGUUCCAGAGGGUGUUGGCCGUGCAGCCAAACACAACAGCAGCCAAUGUUGUCCUUUGUGCCGUGCAUUUUGGGCCAACAAAGGUACGGCUGUUUUGUGGAUUUGGGGCGUUGCUGGCUCUCACUGGCUGAGCCCUUUGUUGUUUAAUGAACUUGUAAGUGCUUUCGACUCUGUAGCUUUUUAUUUCUGCCGGGUUGGGUUUUUUUGUGUGCUUCUAAGCUGUUCCGGUUUUAUAAGGUUCUUGUAAACCAUCUGGAGUCCUCUAAUAUUGUGGAAAUUUGGAUAGGAAUGAAAACAAUGAUAAUGAUUUCCCCUUUGUGGGUUGCAAGAUGCGCUUGAGACUACCCACCGUAGUUGCCUAUCCAAUAAUAUGGUCUCUUCCAAUGGUAGCAUGUUUGGGGAUUGCACAGAAUUACUGAGCAACGUUCCGUAAAUAACAAUGAUACCCUGCUCUGAGGUUUGCACCUUUAUAUAGCCAAACCAAAGAGGCCUGGGACUUCUCCUCAACCCAAUUCCUGGCUCAUUUUGGUGCCGACACCACUGCCUUGUGCAAAUGUCAGCGGGCAUGAGGGCCACGUUUAAAUAUCUGAAAGCAUGUUCCGAUUGAGAAAGGAGCAAGCUUAUUUCCUGCUGCUCUAGAGACCGAGAUACAAUGGGAGCCAUGUGUUCAAAUGGCAGGAAAAGACACUAGGAAGAAUAGCCUGAUGGUUAGAGCUAUUCAACAGUGGAAUAUGAUGCCUUGAAGUCCAUCGGGCUGGAUGGGCGUUUUUCGGAGUGGUUUGCUUGUCUCUCCUUCUCUGUGUUUUCUAAAGCAGAGGCUGGAUGGUUGUCUGUUGGGAAGGCUUUGGUUGUAUUUUCCUGCAUGGCAGAGGACUGGAUUGAAUGGCCCUUAGGACAGGCCUGGGCAAACUUGGGCCCUCCCUCGAGGUGUUUUGGACUUCAGCUCCCACAAUUCCUAAAAGCCCACCUGUCAAAGUUGGCCCAUGCCUUUGUCUUCUUGGAACUGGACACUUAAGUCAAUCAAGGGAUCAUCUGCAUGCCCUUGUGGGAGCCCAAAACACCUGGAGGGAGGGCCAAAGUUGACCUAUGUCUUUGUCCUCUUGACGUAAGUUGACCCAUGCCUUUGUCCUCUUGACACAAGUCACUCAAGGGAUCAUUUGCAUGCCCACGUUGUGGGAGUUGGAGUCCAAACACCUGGAGGGAGGGCUGAGUUUGGACCAUGCCUUUGUCCUCUUGGAAUUAGAGACUUGUCAAUCAAAGGAUCAUUUGCAUACCCACGUUGUGGGAGUUGGAGUCCAAACACCUGGAGGGAGGGCCCAAUUUGGCCCAUGCCUUUGUCCUCUUGGAACUGGACACUUCAGUCAAUCAAGGGAUCAUCUGCAUACCUACGUUGUGGGAGUUGGAGUCCAAAAUACCUGGAGGGAAGGCCCAAGUUGGUGCACGCUCUUGUUGCCUUGACACUGGACACUUACGUCAGCCAAGGGAUCAUCUGCAUACCCACGUUGUGGGAGUCAGAGUCCAAAAGCCCUGCCCAGGCCUGGCUGAGAGUCUCUUCCAACUCAGGCCUUCCUUGUGAUGCCUGGGGUCAGGGGGCACGGGCCUGACGCCUACUGAGUGUGAGAGAUAGAAGACGUUGUCCUUAGAUGAACACAUUUUGCAAAGGGGAGGGUAGGUUUGGGAAGCGCCAGGAAGGAGGAGGAGGAAGAGGAGGGUGGGGCAAAGCCACUGCCUCCGCCGCUGUGCCAGCGCUGCUCGUCUCCUUGGCUGCGAAGGAAUGAACGAAUGAACCAAGGCACGCUGCCACUGCCGUUGUGCCGGCGGAUUUGGUGUGAGGAAGAGGAGGGGGGCCAUGCCAGAGCGGCUGGGCCCCAGUGAGGCGGCUGCCUCGCUGUCUCGGGAAGCAGAGGAGCCGGGCAGAGCGGCCGAGGCGGGUUUGUUUACUGGGCGCAGCGGCAGCGGCAUCAGCAUCAGCACCAUCAGCACCAUCAGCAUCCUCUGCCCAUGGCUGAAUCAGCCGCACCAGGUUCGGCCAAGGAGCCCAGUGGCGGCGGAGGCGGCAGCGUGGGCAAGGUGCGCGACGUGGCCUCCUUCCGGCGCCACUUCAGGAUGGGCUUCAUGACGAUGCCAGCCUCACAGGAGCACGCCCCACACCCCUGCGCCAGCAGCAUGGCCCCCCGCUCCCUCUCCUGCCACUCCGUGGGCAGCAGCGUGGACACGGCCGGGGAUGGGGCCGGCGCCGGGUCCCGGAAGCCCCCCGCCAAGCCCAAGCGGCACCCCAGCACCAAGCUCAGCGCCGAGGCCAGGGCCGCGCUGGAGCCCCUGGGCAGCAGCAAGAAGGCAGGAGGCUCCCAGAAGUCCAGCGCCGAGAGCCGGGAGUCCGGGCGCAAGGUUCCCCCGCAGAAGCCGAAGCGCAGCCCCAACACGCACCUCUCGGUCUCCUUCGACGAGGCCUAUUCCGGCCGCCUGCCGGGACCUUCUCUGGCGGGGGCCCUGCAGCGCUACGGACGGGCCUUCUCCCACAGCCCGGCCAAGGGCUCCGACCCGGAGGAGGACGAGCCUGUCUACAUCGAGAUGGUGGGGGACAUUUUCCGGGGGCCCGGCCCGCCUUCGCAGACGCCUGCCACGGCCGACGAGGACUCAGAUGAGAGUGAGGCCAUCUACGAGGAGAUGAAGUACCCGCUCCCUGAGGAAAGUGGGGAGCCCCACCGUCCUCCCAGUGGGGACCCUUCCUCUCCGCGCCACCGGCCGGUCAAGCGGGAGUCCGGCAAGGCCCCAGGACCGGGCCCCAAGACAUCCCCCUGUGAGAUCCCGCCCCCCUUCCCCAACCUCCUGCAACACCGGCCCCCACUGCUGGCCUUCCCCCAGGCCAAGAAGAGCGGGGGGUACAAAGGGGCCGGCGGUGGUCCGGACGGCUCCAAGCUGCCCAUUCUGUGCCACACCAAGGAGGCCCCCUCGGCCCCCAUGACCCCGCAAGUGCCCAGCCACCACCACCACCAGCGAGGAGGAGGAGGAGGCGGUGAGGGUGGUGCCUUGGCCCCCUCUGGCCGCGCACGCAGCCACUCCACACCGCUGCCCCCACAGCCCUCCUCCGGCCAGAGCAAGGCCACCUCCGCCGACAAGGAGCUGCCCAACUCCCACAGCAGCAGCGGUGCCGGCAUCAUAGGUGCCCCCGCCAAGCAGCCCUCGGCCCCCCCGCCCCCCACCCCAGUCCCCUCCAUGCUGCCGGUCAAGGAGAAGCCCCCAGCCGUAUCCUACACCAUGGUCUACUCGGCGGUCAAGGUGACCACCCACACGGCCCCUGCCGAGCAGAAGACGGAGAAGGAGAUCGCGGUGCUGCACGGGAUGCUGUGCACCCGGCCCUCCACCGUCCCCUCCACCUGCAAGCAGGCCCAGCGGGUGUGUGCCCUCCCCACCGAGUCCCCCCCGCCCCCUCCGCUGGGCAUGGUCUGGACCUACCCUGCCCCCUGCGUGGGGAUCAAGCGCCCGCCCGCCUAUGAGAGUGUCAAGAAUGCUGCCGCCAAGGCCGCCUCCUCGGCAGCGGUUAAGAUGCAGCUGCAGGACCGGGCGCUCACCAGCCUGGCCUGCUCCCACCUGCUCGCCGGAGAAGACCUCGGACGUGCAACGGUGGCCGGAGAGGAAGACCCCUUCGGAUGGGUGCUGCACCGCAGGAUGGGAUACGCUGGCCGGAAGAGCAAGGAGGCAGAGAAAGCACCCGAGGGUCCCCCGGCUUGGGACCACAGCGACAGCCCGCAGCCCACCAAAAUGGAAAAGGAGGAGAAAGCCGGGCCGGGCCCGCUGCAGUCCAGCAUCCCCGUCCGCACACCGGGGUCAGAAAGCCUGGCCGGGGCCAAGGUGCCGGCGGUGGGGAGGACCAACCUGCCCGUCCCCUGCCAGACCUUCCCCGCCUGUCACCGGAAUGGAGAUUUCACCAGCGGUUACCUACUCGGCCGUUCGGCCUCCACCUCCGGGGUGCGGCACGCCGUGAUCCACGCGCAGAGGCCCUGCAGCCACCCCCGGGACCCAGCCAGCCUGGCCUUGCAGCAUGUGCAACUCCCGGCUCCGGGGGGACUCCUGCCAGCCUCCCGUGAAAGGGACGGCAAGCUCCUGGAGGUGAUUGAGCGCAAGCGGUGCGUCUGCAAGGAGAUCAAGGCACGCCACCGCCCGGAGCGCAGCCUCUGCAAGCAGGAGAGCAUGCCCAUCCUGCCCAGCUGGCGGAGGAACACGGAGAACCGCAAGUCCGGCACGCCGCCCUGCCGCCGCCAGCAGACAGUGCUCUGGGACACGGCCAUUUGACAGGCGGCGGGGGGCUGAGCCCUGGGCAGGAGGAGGAGGAGGAGGAACCGGUGCCUUGUGCUGGCCACGCCAAAGCCCACGCACGGCGCAGGGCCAGACUGCUGGCAGCAUGCUGCCCCUGCCCUCCCCACGCUCCCUGGGGGAAGACCCACGAGAGACCGAGUUGUGGGCUGAUUGGGGCAUCGCUGUGGCUGGAAAAAGACUUUUGAACAACGUUCUGGUUUAUUUUCUUUUUCUGGACAAUAUCCUGGAUUAUCAGAAAGGGAAGGAGAGGUGCGAGGUGGCAAAAGCAGCUGCUUCAGCCCAAGGAACCCUGGCAAGGAUGCCCAUGGCUCCAAGAGAUGGCAAGCCACGGUUGCUGUGCAUUGAAAGGACGUGGCUACCCCACGCCACCCCAAGAUAGUCUUGGCCAGCGAGACUGACUUCUCCGAUACCCUUUCACUUUUCUAGGAGGACAAUGGAGUGUGCAGGGAAGGGAUGGGUGCAGUUGCCAUGGUGUGAGCGAGUGAGUGAGUGAGUGAGUGAGUGUGUGUGUGUGUGCACGUUUGUCAGGGCUGGACAAUGCCACCCUCCUCACGCUCCCUCAUUCGUGGGCUUAAAAGUGCCAGGAGCACUACCAAUCGCUCGUGCCAUUUUCCUUCUAUUGCCAAAAAACCCACCUCAAGGGAAAGGAGGGGAAGGGGAAGCCAAACAAGGGGCCUGAGCGGACUCAUUGCACAGAGGGUCCGCCUGCUCCCACCCCAUGGAGGUGCCUGAACUUUUGGUCUGCUUGUUGGAACCAUUUGGGGAGGCUCAAUGGAAGUGGGAUCAGCUGGUGUUUCCAGAGCAAUUUUCUCACACCUGGUGGCAACUCCAACUCCCAUCAUUCCAUUAUAGUCCAAAACAGAGGUGGGGUGUGUUAGGGAGGUUGUUAUAGCAUAUUGCAGAAGAAAGGAGAAAAGAAAAGGCCUCUUCCAAGUUUCCAUAUUAUAGCCUCUGUUGUGGGCCCUGCUGACUGAGGAUGAAUCAGAAUCCCAGGCCACAAAGGCCAUCUAGUCCAACCUUCUCCUGCCACUCAGUCAAUCAAAGCAUUCCUGAGGAAUGGCCAUCCAGCCUCUGCUUAAACGUGCUCUGGGGCAGUAUAUUCCACGGCCAAAUAGCUCUCGCAGUCAGAAAGUUCUUCCUAAUGUUUAGGUGGAGUCUCUUUUCCUGCAAUUUGAAUCCAUUGCUCAUCGUGUCCUAGUUUCCGGAGCAGCAGAAAACAAGCUUGACCCCCUCCUCAAUGCGACAUCUCUUCAAAUAUUUAAAUACGGCUCUCCUAUUUCCUUCUCUCUGCCUUCUCUUCUGAGCUAAACCUCCCCAGCUCCUUCAGCCACUCCUUGGUUUAUGGCUUUUUACCAUUUUGUUCACCUUUCUCUGGAUACCUUCUAGCUUCUCAAUAGCCUUCUCGAAAUGGAUGAUGGAAGAUAUAGUUUAACCACGGAGGGAGCCCAGGUCGGGAAGACGGAGGGGGCAGAGCGUGCCUUCCCAAUGCCGCAGGGCCUCCUUGGCGUGCGGUGGGUGCUUCUCCCCCUUCUUGGGCCAGGCCUUUGGCACUCAGAAAGUCUAGUCUGAAGCAAACAGGGUAAUCAAGACCAGGGUGCCCAGCUAGUGCCCGACUUCCCCGCCACACUCAGAGUGACAUGCGCUUGACAUUUCAUGUACAGUCGUCCAAGCCACUCCAGUCCUUGCUCCCUCUGCCAUCUCUCCUUCUGCCCACUCCCCACGGCAUAGACCUCCUCCAUAGGCCCCAGAUCUUUGACCCGUUCCCCUCCUCAUCCCUGGGCUUUCUAUGUGUGCGUCCGUGUGCGUGUCUCUUUUUAAAAACUUCUCUGUUUUUCAACAGCCAAUGUUUUGACGGGGAAAAUCAGCCGGGAGAAGUUUGUGGGUCUUGCCAACGCUGCGGACCUUGUUCGGGGUCCUUACAGUCUCGGCCUUUAGGGUCCCUCCAUGGGUUUCAGAGGCCUUUAGAGCCGAUUCCUCUCCUUCCAACCUUCUUUGGCUUCCAAGAAUGGGAUCCAUUCGCCACCACAAAAUUCCCUGCUAGCGUCCACAAGACAUGGCUGGACCGGUUGGGGCGCUGGCACCGAUUAGAUAUACAAAUCGGAGUUACACAAGGAAGGGGACAAAAGGGAGAGAAUAAAAGAGAAGUAUAUGGCAUUACUGCUGGGCAAAAGAAAACCCAGUCGGGACUCUGGGGGGUUUUAUGCUCUGCCCCCCGAUUUAAAUAUUUCACAAGAUUGUCUAGCGUAGCAAGAUGACGAAACCGCUUUGCAAAAAUAUUUAUGCUGGGGAUUCAUGGGAGGGUAUUUAUAUAUUUAAAAAACGAUGGAAAGAAAAUAAAACUGUCACGCUGGGUUA